AUGCCGAAAGCAACAGAACAAUCGUCCAGCCAAACCCAAUCCACUACGAUCGGUAUUAGUCUCAGUACUUUGCGACGCAAGCGCGGCAAUAUAAUCGGGCACAUCACGACGUUCGCGAGACUCGUUGAUAACAUGCAACAUCCCGAACAACGCGAUAUCGGUCUCUUACGAGCGCAUUUGACCAGCCUCAACGACGUAUGGGCACGGUUCGAUGAACUCCAAUUUGAAAUUGAAGAAAUGGACGAGUCCGAAGCACCACGUCGAUACGAAAUACACAAUGAUUACCUGGGAGAAUCCAAAUCGCGGGCGUUAAAACGAUUGGAAUCUCUGGAACGGAAACUACAUCGUGACACAACUUUACGGAAAGAAUAUCACGCCGUCAUGAAUGAAUAUUUCGAACUGGGCCACAUGGAACGGAUUCCUGAAGAUCGAGAUUCAUCCGGCGGAUAUUACCUGCCUCAUCACGGAGUCACGAAGGUCACGAGUGCAACCACCAAGCUUCGAGUGGUUUUCGACGGUUCCGCUGCAACGAGCACCGGAAUCUCGCUCAACGACACCCUCCAUACAGGGCCAAAAAUACAGGACGAUCUGCUGUACAUUUUGCUCCGCUUCCGUAUUCACCGUUACGUUCUCACCGGUGAUAUAGAGAAACUGUACAGGCAGUUUCUCGUUUGUGACGAAGAUCGGAAAUAUCAGCGGAUUCUUUGGCGCGAUGAUACCGGUCGAGUCAAUACCUACGAGCUGAAAACCGUCACAUUCGGGUUGUCAGCCGCGCCGUACUUAGCGAUCCGUUGUCUUACUCAACUCGCCCAAGACGAAGGGCACCGGUUUCCUCAAGCCGCAAAAAUUCUGCGUCGUGAUUUUUACGUGGAUGACGCACUCACUGGAGCAUCUACCAUCGAGGAAGCGCGCUCAUUGAGGGAGGAUCUAACGCAAUUGCUACGAUCAGCCGGGCUAAACAUCAGACAAUGGGCGGCCAACCAUGAGGAACUUUUAACAGGAUUAUCGGACCAGCCAAUCGACAGGAAGCACCAUCUCGGCGAUUCAUCAAACAUAAAAACGUUAGGGAUUGUUUGGAACUCCUCGGCAGACUCCAUAUCCUAUGAAGUCCAAACAAAACUCGCGACCACGCACAUAACCAAACGCCUCAUUUCCUCCGAAAUUGCCAGGAUUUAUGACCCAUUAGGCCUCCUCGGUCCCGUCAUCAUCGUUGCAAAAAUCCUGGUUCAGAGAAUUUGGUCCGUUAAGGUAGACUGGGACGAAUCUCUGCCGAUGGACAUACAUACAGAAUGGUGUCAGUACUAUAAGGACGCCAAUGGACGUAUAAACGUAGAGCUUCUCUUCGCGAAGUCAAAGGUUGCCCCGUUAAAAACGCAAUCGGUACCCCGGCUCGAACUGUGUGGAGCGCUGCUUCUCACCUCGCUCAUCGCUACUGCCAAGAACGCGUUGCACGUGGAAAUCCACAAUACCACCUUAUGGACCGACUCCACCAUCGUCAUCAACUGGCUACAAACUUCACCACACCUUCUGAAGACAUUCGUCGCAAAUAGGGUAUCCAAAAUUCAAACUAGAACUGACAUCGCGAAUUGGCGACACGUUCCGACUAAUGACAAUCCCGCGGAUCUCAUUUCGCGCGGUCAAACGCCAGAAGAAUUCCUACGACCAUCCAUCUGGCACCAUGGUCCAGAGUGGCUCGCCAAGGACAAAUCUCGAUGGCCAAACCAUGAAAUAGUUCCACCCAACAUCGUCCCGGAGCAAAAGACAGCAGCGUGUCUAACUACAACAUCAUUAGACACGAGCAUCUUCGAAAAUUAUUCGUCGUGGGGAAAGAUGCAACGGAUCGUCGCGCGCUGUCUUCGAUGGAAAAGGACGUAUAAUGAAAAGGGUAGCCUGACAGUGUCCGAAAUCAGGAAUGCCCACGACAUUCUAAUAAAACUUUUGCAAAGCUUGCACUUUGCAAAAGAAUUACAAUGUCUAACUACAAACAAAUCAGAAGUCGGUGGAAAACUGCAACGUCUCAAUCCAUUCAUCGACAAGGACGGGAUAUUGCGAGUCGGAGGACGAUUGAAACACUCCUUAAUGCCAUUUUCGCAACGGCAUCCCAUCAUCUUACCAAAGGCACGCGUGACGGGACUCAUCAUCGAAGCCGAGCAUCGUGCUCAACUGCACACCGGCGUGCAAAACACGCUAUACGCAGUUAGGCGCCGAUACUGGCCCGUUGACGGUCGAAGUCAGGUAUGGAGGGCCAUAAAGACCUGCUCGCGCUGCCUCCGAGCGCAACCACCAUCAACAGACUACAUAAUGGGUAACCUGCCCAAAGCAAGAGUCACCGAAUCCCGGCCAUUUACGAACACCGGGGUUGAUUAUUGCGGGCCAUUUUAUAUUAAGGAAAGGAAGAAACAGAAUCGAACGCGUGUCAAGGUGUACGUUGCGGUCUUCGUGUGCCUCGCGGUCAAGGCCAUUCAUUUGGAACUGGUAAGUGACCUUACCACCGAAGCAUUCAUAGCUGCACUUAGACGAUUCAUUGCUCGACGGGGAUUUUGUAAACGUAUUCACUCGGACAAUGGCACAAAUUUCGUUGGGGCAUAUAACCAACUACGAGAAAUACGCGAACUCUUAAAAUCGGAUGACCAUAAUCAAAAGGUAAAGACAUUUCUCGCGGAGCGGCAUAUCGAGUGGAGUUUUAUCCCACCACACGCACCACACUUCGGUGGCUUGUGGGAAGCAGCUGUAAAGGCUUUCCGCGUCGUAGGUACUGAGCUGUUUACCUUCGAGAAUUUGAAUACCUUAAUCAUUGAAAUAGAGUCCAUCCUCAAUUCAUGCCCUUUAACUCCUAUAUCCGCUGAUUCAAACAACGAUCUCCUCUUACUGACACCAGGCCACUUCCUCAUUGGCGAUUCCCUCACGAGCCUACGCGAGCGCGAUUUUACAGAUAUUCCCUCAAACCGUAUAUCGAGCUGGCAGCACAUUCAGAAAGUGAAGCAACACUUCUGGAACCGCUGGCAUAGGGAAUAUCUGAACGAGCUAACCCUGCGCAACAAAUGGACCAAGGGCAGUCAUCCAAUCAAGGAGGGUACAAUCGUUCUUCUAAGGGAGGACAACAUUCCCCCCAUGCAGUGGGCCUUAGGCCGAGUGAUUAAGGCUCACCCCGGCUCUGACGGUAUUGUUCGUGCUGUGACCCUUCAGACGGCUACGGGCGUACUAGAUCGGACCACGAAAAAACUUGUACCCCUGCCAUAUCAGCCCGACGAGGAUAACCCUGUGGACCCAACAUCCACGGACAGUGUUGAACCACCAUAG